CUCAGCGAGCGCGAGCCGGGAGCCGGGGAGGGCGCGGGCAGCGGCGGGCGGCCGGGCUGUGCUGGGCGAGCGGCGGCGGCGGCGGCGGCGGCGCGGGCGGCGGGGGCGCCUCGGCCGGGGCGGCAGCGGGGCGCCGGCGGGAGCCAGCAGCGUCUGCAGCCGCGCCGGCCGCCCGCGCCCCGGCGCGCUCCGGCUCGGCCAUGGAGCUGCCAGCUGUUGGCGAGCACGUCUUCGCGGUGGAGAGCAUCGAGAAGAAGCGGAUCCGCAAGGGCAGAGUGGAGUAUUUGGUGAAAUGGAGAGGCUGGUCCCCCAAAUAUAACACGUGGGAACCCGAGGAGAACAUCCUGGAUCCCCGGCUGCUGAUCGCCUUCCAGAACAGGGAACGGCAGGAGCAGCUGAUGGGAUAUCGGAAGAGAGGGCCGAAGCCCAAACCGCUGGUGGUGCAGGUACCUACCUUUGCCCGUCGUUCCAACGUGCUGACUGGACUCCAGGACUCCUCGGCUGACAACCGCGCCAAGCUGGAGCUGGGUGGUCAGGGCAAGGGCCAGGGGCACCAGUACGAGCUCAACAGCAAGAAGCACCACCAGUACCAGCCGCACAGCAAGGAGCGGGCAGGCAAGCCCCCGCCGCCAGGCAAGAGCGGCAAAUACUACUACCAGCUCAACAGCAAGAAGCACCACCCCUACCAGCCGGACCCCAAAAUGUAUGACCUGCAGUACCAGGGCAGCCACAAGGAGGCGCCCAGCCCCACCUGCCCGGACCUAGGCGCCAAGAGCCACCCGCCCGAUAAGUGGGCCCACGGCGGGGGUGCCAAGGGCUACCUGGGAGCGGUGAAGCCCCUGGCCGGUGCGGUCGGGGCUCCAGGCAAGGGCUCCGAGAAGGGUCCCCCCAACGGGAUGACGCCGGCCCCCAAGGAAGCGGUGACGGGCAACGGGAUUGGGGGCAAGAUGAAGAUAGUCAAAAACAAGAACAAGAACGGACGCAUCGUGAUCGUGAUGAGCAAGUACAUGGAGAAUGGCAUGCAGGCAGUGAAGAUCAAGUCCGGGGAGGCAGCCGAGGGCGAGGCGCGCUCCCCCAGCCACAAGAAGCGGGCUGCCGAGGAGCGUCACCCCCCUGCAGACAGGACUUUCAAAAAGGCCGCAGGGGCGGAGGAGAAGAAGGUGGAAACGCCCUCCAAGAGGAGGGAGGAGGAGGGGCCGGGGGCCGGGGACCCGCAGCCCCAGGAGGCCGGCUCCCGCAAGCUCUCCCCGACCAAGGAGGCCUUCGGCGAGCAGCCGUUGCAGCUCACCACCAAGCCUGACCUGCUGGCCUGGGACCCGCCCCGCGGCACACAGCUGCCCUCCCACCAUCACCACCACCACCACCAUCACCACCAUCACCACGCCGUCGACCUAAAUCUCUCCCACGCGCGCAAGCGCUGCCUCUCCGAGACCCAUGGCGAGCGAGAGCCCUGCAAGAAGCGCCUGACAGCGCGCAGCAUUAGCACCCCCACCUGCCUGGGGGGUAGCCCCACCGCCGAGCGCCCAGCGGACGUGACCCCCGCUGCCGCCCUCCCGCAACCGGAGGUCAUCCUGCUGGACUCGGACCUGGACGAGCCCAUAGACUUGCGCUGCGUCAAGACGCGCGGCGAGGCCGGGGAGCCGCCCAGCGCCCUCCAGGUGAAGCCUGAGGCGCCCGCAACCGCGGUGGUGGCAGCUGCGCCGGCGACAGCGGCCGAGAAGCCUCCGACCGAGGCCCAGGACGAGCCCGAGGAGCCACUCAGCGAGUUCAAACCCUUCUUUGGGAAUAUAAUUAUCACCGACGUCACCGCAAACUGCCUCACCGUCACGUUCAAGGAGUACGUGACGGUGUAGCCUUCCGAAGGGCGUUGGAAGGGGAAGCGCUGUACCCGCGGGGGCGUAACACCUGGGGCCUGGGGGCGGACUCCUCCUCUCUCCAACUGCGGGAGAUCCGGGCCGGGCCCCAGCGCGAAAAUGCCAGAAGCCGCGGCAACCGCGCCCCUCCACCCGGUUCUGUCCGGAGCGCCCGGCCCACACUGGCGCCUUCCACGCCGUGCCUGCGGGUCUCGCCCCUCAUCUGCCCCAUCCCCUCUCUCGUGGACCUCCGGGACUGACAGGGCAGCCACUCGAGGCGGUCUAAGAGUUAUAGUAUUAUAUUUUAACCGUGCUAACUUGUCAAGUGCAGACUUUACUCCCGUUUGUACGUGGUGUUAUUAUUGAAAUGUAUUGUUUGAGCUCAAAAGGCCCACCACCCCCUUUGGGCUGAUAUAUAUAUAUUUAUUUGUAGGUAUUUAUAUAUUGAAAUAUAAAAACCUAGAUUUAUGGAGUUCUCUCUAGAUCAUGUUAUAUUCUAUAUCAGACAAACUAUUUUCUGUUGACCUUUCUACCCGUUCAUUCAGUAUUUCGGUUGAUUUCAUUUCCUCCCCUUCCAGGAACUGCAAUACCAGUAACCUUGGUAUAUAUUUUUUGAUACUGUACACAUGGAUGUGUUGUUUCUAUGUGCAAAAAAAAAUUUUUUUUUGUUAAAAGGCUAAACGAGCUCUCUAGAAACUGCUGCUACUAGAAAUGUCUAAACUAUAAGCUUCCAAUUAUUACCUGCUUGAAUGUAAAUAUUAAAUGGAGAUGUUGAAGGUGCA